AUGACGACAACAGACAUUUUUAAGACGGAUAUUUUAAAAGGAAAAGUUGCGUUCGUGACCGGAGGUGGAAGUGGAAUCUGUAGAGGGAUGACUGAGGCAUUGCUUACUCAUGGAGCAAGUGCGGUAAUUACGAGCAGAAGUCUCGAACGUUUAGAGAAGGCUGCUGAAGAAAUGCGUAAAGCCACGGGUGGUGAAGUUUUGGCGGUGGCGGCUGACGUACGUAAACCUGACGAGGUUGAAAAAGCUGUAAAAAAAGCUAUUGAAAAAUUCGGUAAAAUUGAUAUACUGAUCAAUGGAGCAGCCGGAAAUUUCCUAGCACCCGCCGAACUUCUUUCAUAUAAUGCUUUCCGAACCGUAGUGGAAAUAGAUUUGCUUGGCACUUUUAAUGUCUCCAAGGCUUGUUUUCCAUAUCUGAAAAAAUCCAAAGGAUCAAUAAUUAAUGUGUCGACAACGUUGCAUUAUACUGCUACUUUAUUUCAGGUUCAUGUUUCAGCCGCAAAAGCAGGAAUCGAUAGUAUGACCAGGUUAUUCGCAGUGGAAUGGGGACCUCAUGGUAUUCGCGUGAACUGUCUCGCGCCGGGACCAAUUGCUGAUACCGAGGGAUUCUCCAGAUUAUUACCACCAGGUGGCUCAAAUGAAUAUUUACAAGCGAUUCCUCUGCAACGUUUUGGUAAAAUCAAAGAUAUCGAGCACGCGACAGUUUUUUUGGCGUCAGAGGCUGCUUCUUAUAUGACUGGUCACAUUAUGGUAGUAGAUGGUGGCGAAUGUCUAAAGAAGGUGGCGUUGUUGCCAUAUCCCGCUAGUGUCUUAAAUCCAAAGGAAAUUAUGGAUAAAUUAAGAGCUAAAUUAUAA